AUGGCGACGGGGCCUGGUGUUUCUCUGCAAACUGGCAGUCCUGCCAGGGAACUUUCUAUUUCGGUUCAGCAAGGAGGAAACCUGAAUCUCGGAGAUCGGGUAAAAUCUGAAGAUGUAACUGAAGCAGAGAAGCAGAGUCGCAUGGCUGCUCUUUUGGAGAGGCUUCAUGCUAAACACAACGCUUCACGGCCAUGGCAGGAGACCUGCAAGGUUGUCCGUCAAGCUAUGGAGAAACGUGUGAUGAAUACUGCAGGUCACCAGAUUUUGCUCAAUUGCUUGGAGAUCCUGCAGAGAGCACUAAAAGUCUCCUCUCUGUCCUCCAUGACGGAUCGUCUUGAGUCCAUAGCUCGACAAAACAUGUUGGGCUCUCACCUCAGCCCAUCGGGAACAGAGUGCUACAUCACAUCUGACAUGUUUUACGUAGAGGUGCAGCUGGACAGCAGCGGCCAGCUUGUGGAUGUGAAGGUUGCACAUCAGGGCGAAAACCCAACGAGUUGCUUUGAGCUGAUUCAGCAUCUAAGAGAAAAGAACUUUGAAGAGUUUUCCAAACACCUCAAAGGACUGGUUGAUUUGUACAGACUUCCUGGUGACAAUAAACUGAAAACAAAGAUGUAUAUAGCACUGCAGUCUCUGGAGCUUGAUCUCACCAAGAUGAUGCACAUGUUCAGGUUAGCAACAAACGCUAACACAGUUGAAACUAUUCUUCAUGGGAGUGUGGGCUUGUUGACGGCCAGGAGCGGCGGCCAUCUGGUUUCUCUUCAGUGCUACGUGUCGCCUUAUGACAUAUUUGAGGUGGAAACAGACUCGCAACUCAACUUAGCAGAUAACAAUGUGCCAAGUUCUCUGGGCGUUAGUGUCUCUGUGACAAUCGAGGGAACCACUUCUGCUGUGUACAAGCUCCCAAUCGCACCACUCAUCACUGGAUCCCACCCAAUUGACAACAAAGGCACACCUUCCUUUUCCAAUGUGACCAACUCCAACUGUGUGGACCUGCCAGCAUGUUUCUUCCUCAAAAUGAACCGCCCCAUGCCUUUCUCACUCUCCUUUAUUCAAAGGAUAAGCAGUGCUACUUCGAUCCCAGUGUUUGAGACAUCUCCUAGCCUCUCACCUCUCUACCAGCUGAUUGUCCAAGGUCAGCUGCAGCUCCUGGAGGAGAGCGGCGGUGUGCCACCAACAUCGCAUAACAUGCACUUUUAUUCUAUUUUGCCAGAUCAGCAGCAUUGUUACUUCCUGAAUGGAGAUGCCCCAGUGCAAGAUGGUCAUUCAUUACAAGGAGCAAUGGUGUCCAAGAUCCCCUUUCGUCACCCAGCACAAGUGCUACUCUUGUUGGACAUCAUUCGCCACCAGGCAGCGUACAACACCUUGAUUGGCAGCUGUGUCAAACGAACCUCUGUCAAAGAAGACAGUGCAGGACUUCUUCAGUUUGAAGUUUGUCCACUUACCGACUCAAGUUUCAGCGUCUCGUUCCAGCAUCCAGUCAACGAAUCAUUAGUCUGUGUUGUGAUGGAGGUGAUUGACUCCAGACAAGUGAUUUGCAAGUUGUAUAAAGGACCAUCAGAUGCUUUGAUCUGUACGGAUGAUUUCAUAACCAAGGUUGUCCAGAGAUGCAUGUCCAUUCCUGUUACCAUGCGAGCUAUUCGAAGGAAAGCUGAAACUAUUCAGGCAGAUACUCCAGCUCUUUUGCUGAUAGCACAAACGGUGGAAACCAUGGUGAAGAAUAACCCGCCACCUUCUGGUAGUCCUACCUAUAACAUGGCAACAGGCGAUGGAACUAACCCCAUUGGACUGCCUGGGAUUACAGGAAACAGCACACCUACUGGGGGAGGACCACCUGGGGGACCUAAUUUUGCAGGUCCAAUUACUACUCUGUUUGGAAUUCCCCGUGCAGAAAGACAAUCUCAAGGAGUAGAGUGCUUAACUCCUGGAGGGGUGGCGGGUCAGCAGCAGUUGCAGCAACAACAACAAAGUCAAGGUCAUACAGAUGAUUACAGUAAAGUCACUCAGAAUCCCAUACUGACAAGUCUGUUACAGAUAACUGGAAAUGUUGGGUCUAGUCCCAACUCCCAGAAUGCACCACAGCCCCACCAAACUCCACCGCCAACAUCCUCUCCUGCCAGCAAUACAAAGAACCAUCCCAUGUUGAUGAAUUUGCUGAAAGACAAUCCAGCACAAGAUUUUGCUGCUUUGUACAGCUCUAGUCCGUUAGAGAGGCAAAAUUCUUCGUCUGGCUCUCCACGAACUGAUGGCACGGGUAAUUCCUGUUCUGGAGGGAAUUCCAAAGGAAAGAAGAAACGUCCCCGGGGACCUGAAAAGAGCGGAGUAUUGCCUGGAGCAGGCGUAAGUGGUGGUUUGUGUAUGAAAUCACAAGCAUCCAUGUCCCAGCACCACUCGGUAACUCAGGAGGACGAUUUCCAUCGUGAGCUCCUCUCUAUGGAUGUGGACGCAUCUCAGAAUUCUAUCUUUGACGUUAACCUAACCAGUGACGGCCUUGAAACGCCCCAUAGCAUCACUCCAGCUCCCAGCCAGUGUGGAACACCACCCCCAAGCUCCAGCAUGCCUUAUCCACCGUCUCAUGUCCAGUCUCAGCAACAGCAACCUCCUGGUACGAUACCGCCUCGUAUUGUCCGCCUCCCCAGCUCUGACAGCAUUGGACCUGAUAUCACAGAAAUCUUACAGGAUUUACCUGAGCAAGCUGGCAAAGGCAGCAGCGGGAGCCAUGGGCAGCACCCCAUUGGCAGUGGUGUGGACGAUGGAGGUCCACUCGGUACUCCAAUCCGUGACUCCUCCAGCUCUGGUCAGGGUAGUGCAGUGUUUGACUCGGCAGACAUUUUUAAUACUAACAGCAAUGAAAAUCCUUUUACAGAUGCAGCUGACCUGAUUGCUGAGGCAACUGCAACUGCUGCCACUCCCAACAGUGACUCUUCUUCCAAUAAUUUCUUUCCUGAUGCAUCUGACUUCAACCCUGACCUUCUCUCCUUUAACGAAAGCUCUCCAAGUGCAGAUGAAGACAUGGACCUAGGCAAAGGGUUUGGGGGAAGUAGUCAGCAAAAUACUCCAGCAGGAACUCCCCAGAAUCCUACUCCACAUGGACAGAAUACUCCAGAGGCCUCACUGAAAGACCCUUUUGAUAUGGGGAUAGUUUAUGGAGGCAACAGUGGUGGUGGUAAACCACUUCUGGGACAAGCACCUGACUUGGGAGACACUCAUGGUCUAGAAUCCCAGAGCCCCCUCAUGAUGGGGCUUAGCACUGCAUGCACCGAUUUUAAAAAUGCAGAACUCAAAGUUAAACAAGGACUUGUGCGUCCAAAGGAUGAGAAUGGGGGCAGUGGAGGUAGCACUUCAGGGAUGGGAAUGGGCAGCAGCUCAACAGAGAGCAAACAGCAGGUAAAGCGAAGCAGGACCCCAUCCAGCGAAGGAAAGUCCAAAGAUAAGCCGCCGAAACGUAAAAAGCUUGAUCCUGAUGGUAAAUCCCCGUCCCACAGCUCAGGAGGGCGACCCUACACACCACCUAGUGGGGGUUUGGGCUCUGGAGGAAAUGUGAGUGGUGGAGGUUCCAAGUCACCCGGUAGUUCAGGACGCUCACAAACUCCCCCUGGAGGUGCCACACCUCCAAUUCCUAAAAUCACCAUUCAGAUCCAAAAAGGGACUAUCACUGGGGGAAAGACAUCCUCCCAUAGUGGCUACACCUCCAGCAGCUCAGCCACAAGCAGUACAGGAGGCACAGGUGGAGCAAGCAGCAGCAGCAAAAGCCAUCAUUCACACUCAUCUUCCUCUGGGAAGAUAAAGUCCAAAGAAGGCUCCAUGUCACAAGGCAACAACUCCAAGCCAGGAGUUGGAGGGGGGACAUCCCAGUUGAAAGGUUCGUCUCAAGGGAUGGGUGUCGGCAAACCUGGAUCUUCUCCAAUCACUAAACAUGGGUUGUCUGGACCUGGAGGUACUGGAGGUGGAAUGGGAAGUAGCAAUAAAAUUAAACCUCAAGGAGGCAAGCCUCCUGGGUCACUUAUGAAUCCCAACAUUAAGCCCAACAUUUCUCCCUCUCAUUCCCGCUCCAGUGGCUCUGGUGACAAAUUGUCCUCUCCAAUGAAAAUGCAGCAAUCUCAGGUUCCAGGAACCCCUCCUUCCUCCAAGGCUAAGUCUCCAAUAGGUUCUGGGGGUGGAAGCUCUGGUGGGUCCAAGUCUUCCUCUGGUGGAAAUAUUGGCUCCCAAAAGCCAGGUGGUGGGAGCACUUCCUCAGGUUCCACAUCCUCUUCAUCCUCCAGUUCAUCUUCAGGUUCCAUGAGCUUCUCGGGAGGUUCCCAGUCACAGUAUGGGAACAGCGGAGGUGGAAGCGGAGGGACUGGAGGUGGUAGUGGAGGUGAAGGAAGCGGUGGUGGCGGGCCUGGUCAGAACAAUGCAAAUAACCCCAACUCCAAAGGCAAAUCUCCCAGUCGUAACAAAAAACCCUCGCUAACCGCCGUCAUAGACAAACUGAAAAGUGUAGGUGGAGGGGGAGUUGGGGAGGAUGGUUGUGAGGUCGGGCCACCAGUUGGCGGAGCUGGUAUGGCCUCAACGCCUGGUGCUCCUGGAAAUGUUCCCAGCGGACCUUCAAACAUGGGCUCUUCCAAACACCCCUCGUCCUCCCAAAGUGGCGAUUAUAAGCGUGAAAAGUCUGAUAAAGAGGCAAAAUCUAAGGUGAUGGUUUCGGGCAGCAGUAGUGGAGAUAAAAAAAUAAUGGAAUCAAAAACGGGUGGGGUCGGAGGAACCACUCUGGCCAAAAUUAUUAUUAGCAAACCAGAUAGUGGCUCACCGAGCAUCAAGGCUAAAGUGACUCUUCAGAAAACUAGUGAAGGAUCCGGCGAGUCGAUGCGUCCACAGAUUUCUAGUCUCAAAGCUUCGCCCCUCUUCAGCGGCUCCACUCCGAAACACGACCGCUCCUCGCCCAGCCACAGCCGCUCGCCGGGGUACACUCCUCUCAACCACGACAGCGAGAGCGAAUCGGGCAGCAGCUCGGUAGCUGAGAAGUCUCACCAGAACAGCCCCAGUUCGGACGACGACCAGACCGUGCGCCCCCUUCCCCCUCAAGACUAUAUGAGCUCCAUCCCACUCAGCUCUGGCGAGAAGCACAAGAAGCACAAGAAAGAGAAGAAGAAGCUGAAAGAGAAGGAUCGAGAGAGGGACAGAGACAGAGAGCGAGACAGGGAGAAGGAGAAAAAGAAGUCCUCCAUGUCCAUGGGCUCUUCGUCUCAUAUGAUAAAAGCAGACAGUUGGUCACGGUCUCCAAUCUCAGCUUCAGAUUCGUCGCUUUCCAUGCUUGGCUCGGAUCGUCCGUCCCGCUCCAGUCCGAUCUAUAUGAGGAACGAGGAUGACGACCUUAUGGACUCAGCCCUCACUGGAAACCUUUAACCUGACCUUAAAACGUUUUUAUUUUUGUUGUCUUGUGUAUCAUCUCUUACCUUUAAACGUACACUUAUUUAUUUGAGUCAAACCACAAAUUGGAACCGAUGAUCCGAAUGUGGUUUUGAGUGAUUAUUGACCCGAUGAAGCUGUAUUUUAAUGUCAUAUUUUACUAUACGAGUAUCACUGUGUAAUGCUAUAUGGACAGCAGUUUUAUGAUGUAAAUGCUACUCAGAUGAAGCUGCCUCAUCGUACUUAACUAGCUUCAUUGCAAAGAUUUUAAAGUGAAAGUUCAAAUAUUUUUACUGUCAAGAAAUGUUUUCGCAUGUUUUUUUUUUAAUGCUUUAUACAUCUUGUGAAGCAGAAAUGUAAUUGACAAUGUAUUAUAUUGCCAUUUAAUUGUAUGCUGUCAAGAUAAGCAACUUAAAAUCUAAUGUAAAAAUAUUGUAAAGUGACAGAUGCAGGUGGGCAUUUUUUUUAGAUUUUGCUACAAUUUGAUCUGUGUGUAAAUGAGUGUAGUUAUAGAAGCAGACUGUAAAAGAUGAUGAUUGCGAAAAAGAGAAUUGUAGGCAAAACUAACUAAGAUAUUUGGAGGCUUGAAAUAAAUAUUUCUGGCAAACAUCA